AUGCUAAGCAGAAGUAAAUCCAGUAUUUCAGAGCAGAAACUUGUAAACUAUAUGACCUAUCUGACUUACACAUUGGAAGAAUUGACUGGUCUGGAGUACCAAGACUAUCUGGAUUAGGUGUUCUACUUCUUGUCGCAGUUAAUUCCAUUUAUAAUGCUGCUUGCAUUUCAUAUCGUUCUGUUUGGUGUUCUCUACCUUUCCAGUCUUCUUCUUCAUGUUUACAAGAGAAAGAAUGACCUAAAGGGGGAUUAUUCCAGUAAGUUAUGGGACAAUGGGAGGCAAAUGGUGGUAUGCCUCUGGGACUUGUAUGGAAAGUUAUGGCAUGGUUAUGAGCUUCAUGGUGUGGAAAAAAUCCCAGAAGGACCAGGGCUGAUUAUUUAUUACCAUGGUGCCACUCCUAUAGACUAUUUGUACUUUAUGGCUAGAUUAUGUAACCAGAAGGGCAGACUCUGCCAUUCAGUAGCUGAUCAUUUCACCUUUAAAAUACCAGGUAUUAAACUGCUUUUAGAUAUUUUUGGUGUGAUGCAUGGUGGAAGAGAAGAAUGUGUUCAAAUUCUGAAGAAUGGCCACUUAUUGGGUGUGUCGCCAGGUGGAGUUCGAGAAGCAUUCUUUAGUGAUGAAAACUACAACCUCUUGUGGGGUAAUCGCAAAGGCUUUGCUCAGGUGGCUAUAGAUGCAAAAGUGCCCAUCAUCCCUAUGUUCACACAGAAUCUUCGGGAAGGAUAUAGGACACUUGGAAAAAUAUGGUCAUUUAGGUGGCUUUAUGAAUAUUCUCGACUGCCAGUAGUUCCCCUAUACGGAGGGUUCCCAGUUAAAUUUCGCACAUAUAUUGGAGAUCCCAUACCAUAUGAUCCAAAUGUAACUGCUGCGGAACUAGCUGAAAAGACAAAGACUGCAAUCCAAUCUCUAAGAGACAGGCACCAAAAAACACCAGGAAAUAUACUAAGAGCUCUAUUGGAACGAUUUGAUAAACAUCAGAAAGAUGACUAGUGUGUUUAAAUAUGCUGAAACAUUUACGCAUUUGGUAGUAAAAGAUCUUUAUAAUUGCAUAUGUUACUGUAACUUGUGAUUUCUUUUAAGAAGCAUCAUCAUUAAUUCUUGAAUAAUUAUUGCUGUGUCUCACCUGAUGUGCUCUGGACAUAAACAGUACCUUUCCUACCUGCAGAAACAGGCUAAAAAAAUGUUUUUGUGUGUGUGGUGUUGAUUUCCCCAUAUAAAGUAGAUCACUUCCAGCUAUAGUUGGUUUCCCCCCUUUGCUAAAGGCUUGUCUACACAGGGAAACUUUCUGGAUUAGCUCCACUUGUGGAUGCUCUAUUUUGGACCAAAAGUCACCUUGUUCCAGAAAAAUUUGUGUGCUGAGUGCUAAAUAAGUAUGCUGAGCAGACUAAAAUUUAGCAAGAAUGUUUGAAACAGCAUUUGGUUGGCUAGUGCUCUUUUGCUCAUAUUUUUCCAUUAUUCCUGUGGUAAUGCCUUUCACUGCAAUGUUGUAAUUUAUGUUGCAGAAGAUUUUCCUUACUGUGAAUUUCUAGUUUGUAAUUUAUUUGUCUUUGACUUAAACUUGAAGGGUUAGAAUUUAAGCAGUGAAGAUCAAUAUUCUUUAUGCAGAAAUUGCAAGAAACUUAACUACAGUCACUUGUCUGUUUCCAAUCAAGGGAAGACAGGUACCUAUAUAAUGUUAGAAAAUACAUUAGAUAGUAAGUAUCCAAUUAUCCUAUUGCUCUAUGGAGAUUUUACCCAAACAAGUAGGAAUAACAACUGCCCCUACCCCUGGUCUGCCAAAAUGAUUACUAAAACCAGACCUUUGGUUUUAACAUCAAUUUUUAAAUGUUAUCCACCACAAAAGUGUCUUCUUAUGGCUCAGUUUUGCAUUCCUAUGUACCCAUGACUGAAUGAGUUUGGGUUGAGAAAGAAGGAAGAUCAAGGCCUUGCUGUUCCUUUGUAAUGUAUUUAAAACAAAGAAAGCAAUUUACGGUUUCUUUCCAGUUUCUACUAUCAAACUUAAAUGUGCAGAUCAUUUAUAUCAUGCUUUUGUGCACAGAGAAUCAAAUUGCCUAACCAUUCAAAAUGUUUAAAUAUAUUACAGAUCAGUUCCUGCAAAGCAUUUUGAAAUAAUUGGGUUUUUAUCCCUUUUUGCUUCUUUGAGGUGUAGACAGUUUAGAAGAGUUAAUUUUACCGAAAAGAGUUUGGAUCUAUUGGGUUUAAAAAAAAAAAAAAAAAAACCCUUAGGUCAUAAAAUGUCAGUUCUGGUUUUGCUGGAGAACUUUUUGCGGAUAUCUGACGUGUACUGUGAGUUCUUCAUUAGAAGUUUGGGGUGUUCCUUUGUUGGAGUGUUUCCAUUAUGUUGUUAUAUAGGUGCAGGCAAAAAGAACAAACAGCUCCCCAACCCUGCCCCAGUGCUUUAAUUAGUUUGACUUAAAAACCUUUUCCUGCUCAGCUUCCAGUGUCCUGUGAUGUCAACAUUACUUCUCCAAUACCAAUCCAUUUUGCCUUUAUUUUACACAGCCAUUGAUUUUUAGUAUCUAUUAAUUUUUAUUCCCUAAAAGGGCAGACAAAUGUUUAUCCUGUUAUCCUUUGAAAUUUAAUUUUCAUGUAAUAUCCACUUGAUGAAAAUGGCAAGAGUAAAAUCUUAUCGAGCAAAAUUAGAAAUACUGCAUCUUUUAGUACAACAAGGUGUUUUAUUUAGUAUUUAAAAUAUGUCCAUUGAGUUUAAAAAGUCAGUGGUCAUUUUGCAUGAAAACAAAUGCAACUCAGAAGUCUUUAGAUGUUUUGUCUUCUUCAAAACCUGAUUUUUAAAGUGUGGAAACAGAACAGUGUUCUGGUGUCAAAAUCAAAUGCAAUAACUCUUCUCUCAAUGUUAAAUGUACUUGUUUAGUCAUUCAAAUCAAUUUUGUAUGUACAAUAGAUA